AUGAUUUACUCUCAGAAAACUCAGGAUGACUCGGAAGUUGUGGUGCCUGCGGCUGGCGAGACAUUUGUAGCCGAGGACGGAACCGUUUCUGUUGUUCUCGCAGACACCGUUGAUGACGACUAUGAGCCCACGCAGGAUGAGAUUGAGGACUUUGCCGAGUGGAUGGGAAUGCAGCUGCCAGAAGACAAGGAAUUUUUAUAUAUAGCGCGUGAGGGGCUGAAGGCACCGUUGCCGAAGAACUGGAGGCCAUGCCGCACAAACGAGGAUGAUAUUUACUACUUCAACUUUAGGACGGGCGAAAGCACGUGGAAUCACCCGAUGGAUGACUUUUUUCGCCAGAAGUUUCUCAAAAUGAAGGAGGAAAAAAAGAGCUCGACUGUUACCACGCCCGUGGUAACAAAGCAUGCUGCUGUUCCUACAAGCACCACGGGUGGUGUUCCGACUCUGGGGAGUACCGGUGGCGGUGGCGGCCCGGUUUCCAUCCUGAAGAAAUCCCCGUCGGAUCUGAUUGGAGGCAUGCCAGGCACCGCGACGCAUGCUUUCGUCCCUGCAUUGGGCGCCUCACGGUCAAUGGUGGGCAGCAGCACGACUUCUGUACGAGACCCGUGU